CCGUCUCUCUGACUCUAUAUAUAAAUGAACCUCAAAGUCAUGUUAUGCAUUGGAGCUACCACAAGUUUCAAACCUCAAUCACCAACCUUGUUUAAUUGACAUCUUGAGCAACUUCUCCUGAUCAUAGCAUAUAAGCCAGUUUCUUGACGAGUUCAUGCACAAACAAUGGCAUAGAUAGAGUAGAACUGCAUCGCUGCAUCAUAAGAAGAUACGGCUAGGAGCAGAGAGGUGACCGGCAGGGGAGAGAUGGCCGGCGGGGAUGGUGCGGCGGCGGCGGCAGUGGAGAAGGUGGUGAGGUGCCUCGGCAGGGGGGUCGACAUGACGGGCGACCUGAGGCUGAAGCACUGCAAGGAUGCAGGGGGCUGCCUGGUCGUCAGGAGCGGUAAGAAGGCGGCGAGGGCGAAGACGGUCGCCGUGCCGGGCGUGGGGUUCGUCGCCGGCGUGCCCGACGACGUCAAGUUCGGCAAGGGCGACCGGAUCAAGUUCAAGUCCGACGUGCUCGAGUUCAACAAGAUGUCGGAUCUGUUCAACCACCGGAACUCUUUGACGGGGAAGAUCCCGUCGGGGCUCUUCAACUCGUGCUUCGACCUGGACUGCAGCUCAUGGGCUCAGGACGCCUCGGCCACCAAGUGCCUGGCGUUCGACGGCUACUUCAUCUCCCUCCUCGACCUCCGGCUCGACUGCCGACCGCUCACCCUCGCCGACCACGUCGUCCGCGACGUGCCGGUGGCAUGGGACCCGUCAGCCAUAGCAAGUUUCAUCAAGAAGUAUGGUACUCACAUCGUCGUAGGACUGAGCUUGGGUGGCCAGGACGUGGUGUAUGUGAAGCAGGACAAGUCGUCUCCACUCUCUCCAUCUGAGAUCAAGGGGCACUUGGACAGGCUAGGCGACCAGCUCUUCACUGGGACAUGUACUCUACCUCCUUCACACUGCAAGUCCAGGGACCACAAGUUUAAGGUCCCUCAGGCCUUCAAUGUAUUUGAUGCCCAAGUAACACAACAAAGGAUUGAAGGAAUUACUACUCUAAUGUCCUGCAAAGAGGGAGUGACAGUGAUGUACUCCAAGAGGGGAGGGGAUACAGGGGCGAGCAACCACUCGGAGUGGCUGCUCACAGUGCCGACGAUGCCGGAUGCAAUCAACUUCAAGCUUGUGCCCAUCACAUCCCUUCUCAACGGAGUAUCUGGCGGGGGCUUCCUUUCUCAUGCCAUGAACCUCUACCUAAGAUACAAACCUCCAAUAGCAGAUUUGAGGUACUUCCUGGACUUCCAGCACCACAGAUUGUGGGCCCCUGUGCUCAGUGACUUGCCUCUUGGUCCUUGCUCAAACCGACAAGGUGCUAGCCCUGCCUUGCACUUCAGCCUUGGUUCAAAGCUAUAUGUCAGCUCAAGCCAGGUGAUUGUUCCGAUAUUACCAGUCACAGGAAUGAGGUUGCAUCUGGAGGGCAAGAAGAACAAUCGGUUAGGCAUCCACCUGCAACAUUUCUCAAACACCCCAACAUUCAUCAACGGACGAUCAGACAAGCCACCGGUAUGGCGCGGAUCGGAGAUGAUCUCCGACGAACGAUACUACGAGCCAGUGCAAUGGAGAAUGUUUGCCCACGUCUGCACAGUGCCAGUGAGGUACGAUCCUCGUUGGCGCAGCGCAGACCCGCAGACUGCGUACAUUGUCUCCGGUGCUCAGCUGCAUGUCAAGGCUCAUGACUCGACCAACAUUCUGCACCUCAGGCUCUUGUACACCGAGCUGCUGGGAUACACCGUGGUGCAGUCCAAAUGGGCGCACAACACAGUGAGGCUGUCAGGCAAAGGGAGCUUCCUGUCGAAGUCGUUCGCGGCGUCUUCGGGUGCCAUUGAGAGGGAGCAGCAGCAGCCAGCAAGAGCUCACAUCGACUCCGGUGUGUUCGCCGGAGGACCACCUGUGCCCGUUGGGACCCAGAGGCUGCUCAAGUUCGUUGAGACAUCUCAGGUGACCAUGGGGCCACAGGACAGUCCUGGGUACUGGUUGGUGACAGGCGCAAAGCUUGAUGUUGGGAAGGGGAAGAUCUUACUGCAUGUCAAGUUCUCGCUGCUUGCUCCAGUUUCUUGACAAGGUGCUGAACCGAGAAUUGUACAGGAUUCGGCUGCUAGGAGAAAACCACUGUAAAAUCAGACUUCCUGACCCCCUUGUCCCUAAUUCACCUUUCCAUUUUCGUCCGGGGAACCAGAUCUGCAAAAGGCCAAAAUUAGGGCAUAUUUAUUCGUUAACGAGCCAACUUUCUGGAAGUAGCCAUCGUUUUCAACAAUCAGCGUGUUCCUCCAAACAUCUUGAUAGCUCUCAUCAGGAAGGAUAUGGUUUGGUGGUGCUUGGCCGGUGCUAAGAGCCUAUCGAUCACAAUGGAGUGCAUGCAUAGCUAUGGAUCAAUCAUAUGAUUCAAUAUCACCUGUGUGGAUUUGUUGCUUCUUUUUUUUA